AUGGAUCCACCAAGAUUUACAACAGUGGAAAACAUCAGGCAUUACCGAAGACAUGUUGAAAAAUAUACCAGACCAUAUCAAACAAGGGAUGUGUUUACCAAAUGGGGCAUUUUGCAACUUUUAAGGUUAUACCCUGGUAAAGUACCAGAUUUGGACCUAUUGUUCUACAGUGGAGAUGAGACGAAGAUCAUGAGAAGUGAUUACCAGGGUCCUAAUUCUACAUUAGCACCACCGUUGUUUCAUUAUUGUGGAUCCGAGGAAACUUUGGACAUUGUCUUCCCUGAUUGGACCUUCUGGGGAUGGGCGGAAGUUAAUAUAAUGCCAUGGGAGGACAUGCUGAGGGCAAUAAAGAAAGGGAGAAAGAGGACCAAGUGGGAACAAAGGGAACCUUAUGCCUUUUGGAAGGGUAACCCUCACGUUGCUAAAAAUAGGCUUGACCUUAUGAAAUGUAACCUUUCAGAUCAAUAUGACUGGAAUGUUCGACUCUAUUACAAGAAUUGGAGUAAAGUAGUUGAUGAAGGGUUCAAUAAUUCUAAAUUGGAAGAUCAAUGCACCUACAGAUACAAGAUUUAUAUAGAAGGAUCAACGUGGUCCGUAAGUAAGAAAUACAUACUAGCAUGUGAUAGCAUGACAUUGAUGAUAAAGCCCCGAUACUUUGAUUUUUUCUCGAGAAGCAUGGUGCCAAUGCAGCAUUAUUGGCCCAUACGCCGCCAAGACAAAUGCAGAGACCUUAAGUUCGCCGUUGAAUGGGGCAAUAAUCACACUCAACAGGCACAGGACAUAGGGAAGGCAGGGAGCAAAUUCAUCGAAGAGAUUCUAACGAUGCGGAAUGUAUACGAUUACAUGUUUCACUUGUUGAACGAAUACUCAAAGCUAUUGAAGUACAAACCGACGGUACCUUCGAAAGCUCGAAGGAUAUGUGUCGAAUCAACGGCGUGCAAGCAAAAAGGUGUUUGGAAGGAGUUAUUGUUUCAAUCCUUGGUGAAGUCACCAAGCCAUAAGCCUCCAUGUGAGUUGCCUCCUCCAUAUGAACCUCAAGCUAUUCAAGCUUCUAUGGACAAAAUAGACAACGUAGAUAAGCAAGUGGAGAAUUGGGGGAAUGUAUAUUGGAAUAAGCUAAAUGAAACCAAUCAAUAGACACCUCUUUUUUUUUUUUUGGUUAAUUUUCAUUCACAUUGUUAAUU